UCAGAAAAAGUAUAAUAAUUUAUGAAAUCAGAUAAAACAGGUUGAAGAGGAAGAAGACUAGCAAGCUGCGCAUAAAGUGGAAAAUACUCUUUCGUCUUCGGCUAAAUCAGAAAAUUUUCGAUUUCAUUGCUCCCGAAUUCCCAAUUUUAAGGUUAAUUAUCGAGGUAAUUCGGAAGGGUUCAGCUUAAAUUGCUGAGAAAUGCAGCAACAGGCGCCGCAGACAAUGAAUCAAGCUUCACCGGCGGCGAUCAAUGUCGUCUCCACCGAGCAGAUUCAGAAGGAUGGCCGAGUCUCUCAUGCCACACCUUCAAGCUUGGAGAUUUCACCAGAUUUAGUUGUUCACUCUUCUGAAUCUUAAUCACAGAAGCAUAGAGAUAGUACAAGCUACCCCUUCUCUCAGCUGUCAUAACCACAUCCUCUCCCUUCCUAACCAGCAUCUUUCCUCCUGAUGAAAAGAAAGAACAGCCCUUCUGUUCCAAUGAUCCUAAUGAUAUCAGAUUCCUCUUCACAUCUGUAUUUGGAUGAGAACAAAAAUCUUAUUGUGGCGAUACUGGAGAAUCAGAAUAUGGGGAAAAUAGCAGAGUGCGCUAGGUACCAAGCUAUCCUUCAGAAGAAUUUAAUGUAUUUAGCUGCUAUUGCUGAUGCGCAGCCUCCAGGAUCCGGAAUGCCUUCACAGCUUCCUAAUAGUUUAGUCGCAACCCAAGGAACCGCCCCAGGACUGCAAAGCCAUACUCCAAUAAUGCAGCAACCCGGUGCUCCGGUUGUGAAGUCACCCUUUCAGCUCAAUGCUCUUCGGCCUCAGGACCAGCAGAAUCAGAUGCUCCAGUUCCAGCAGCAACUUCCAGCCCAUUUCAGUCUUGGAGGGGGGCCCAACGGCUUGCAACUACCUGGGCAGCCAGGUCCGAGCGGUUCAAUGGGCUUCCCAGGAAGCCAGUCAGGCAUGCUGGAGGGUGUCUCCGGUGAUAACCAAGGAAACUCCAGUUUUGGACCUGCAGAUGGCCGGGAAUGAUACUUUUAAGCUUUGCUUCCCUUUCAAUGAUGUCUGUAUCCAGCUCGGUAGUAGUACCUUUCCACGGUUAAGUAUGAACCGAAAUAGUUACGAUGAAUGUUUUGAUAUUAUAAAUUAUUUAGGUUUAGAUGUUGUAGAAUGAUGGUUUUCAAAAAGUCUUGAGGCAUUGUAAGACUUACACGAGCUACAUAGCUAGACAUAGAUCUUCAGUUUUCAUGUCUCCUCUAUAUGAAAUGAAUGUUUGUGUUACACUGAAA